UUUGGAUUACCAUUGAUCACGACCUGAACACAUCCACCUUGCGUUUUAACCUUGGGUUUGUUGGAUACAAUGACGUCGGGAGGCGGCGAGUGCCCAGUCAAAAUGAGUCAAUACCGGGUUGACCAUCUCCUCAGCGCCGUGGAGACUGAGCUUCAAGCGGGCAGUGAGAAAGGCGACCCCACUGAGCAAGACCUCAAAGUAUCACUGGACGACAACGAACUUUGGCACAAGUUUAAGGACCUUACAAAUGAAAUGAUUGUCACAAAGAAUGGGAGGCGCAUGUUUCCAGUCCUCAAAGUCAACGUUUCCGGAUUGGACCCAAACGCAAUGUACUCCUUUCUGCUGGACUUCGCCUCUGCAGACAACCACCGGUGGAAGUACGUGAACGGAGAGUGGGUUCCGGGCGGUAAACCUGAACCUCAAACCCCAAGCUGCGUUUACAUCCAUCCGGAUUCACCAAACUUCGGUGCGCACUGGAUGAAAGCACCGGUGUCUUUUAGUAAAGUCAAACUAACUAAUAAACUCAACGGUGGUGGACAGAUUAUGCUAAACUCACUGCACAAGUACGAGCCACGCAUCCAUAUCGUUCGGGUUGGAGGCCCAAGGAGAAUGAUCACAAGUCAUGCUUUCCCCGAAACACAGUUCAUUGCGGUGACUGCGUACCAAAACGAAGAGAUAACUGCUCUCAAAAUCAAACACAACCCCUUCGCUAAGGCUUUUCUGGAUGCUAAAGAGAGGAAUGAUACAAAGGACAUUAAAGAAGAAAUCCACGACAACCAACAGUUGCCAUAUUCACAAUGUGGUUGGUUUAUUCCUGGAUCAGGGUCCCUCUGUCCCCCCAACAGCAACCCACACAGUCAGUAUGGGACCCCCAUCUCACUGUCACCAUCACAGGGCUGUGAGCGCUACUCUUCCCUCAGGAACCACAGAUCGGCCCCUUACCCAAGCCCAUACACCCAUAGGACCAACUCCCCUACUAGUUACACGGACAACUCUUCCUGUCUGCCGAUGCUGCCCAGCCAUGACAACUGGUCCAGUUUACAGAUGCCCACACACUCCCCAAUGGUGCCCAUGAGCCACAAUUCAACUUCUACUGCAAACUCGACGCAGUACCCCAGCUUGUGGACAGUGACUAAUUCAGCCCUCGUUCCAGUGUCUGACACAGGAAACAAUGGUCUAAACUCACAGUUUCUGCAGAGAUCCAGCACCAACUACAGUGGCCUUUGUCAUUCGGUGACAGUGCCCUCUUCUGGCUCCCCUCUGUAUGACAGCAGCACCACAGAGCUGCAUGAUCCUGUGCACUAUGACACGUCUCCCCACAGGAUACACUCAGCUUGGACCCCUGUUACACCUCCUUCUAUCUGA